UACGACAUUGUGCGCGAAGAUAUUUGCGUUUAAGAUAUUCUCUUGCACCUCACACGACAUAUUGUCUUCGCUCUGCAUCGUGUUUUAAAAAUAUAUCGCGAAGAGUUUUUUAUUUGUGACAAAACAGUUUUCACUUUAAAGUUGUGAUUAAUUCUGUUUAUUAAAUCAAACUGACACUAUCUUUUCUUCUAAAGCAAACACACAGGCGAUGAUACAAUUGCUUUGAUAGUUUUCUACUAAGUCUAGUAUUAAAUAGUGGAAGAAAAUGGGUUUAAAAUGGUUUCGAGCGCGUCUAUCGAUGGAGGAAGAAGCGUCUAAAGUUCAGCCAAUGACGGGUCUAUAUCGGAGAUUUUCUGACUAUUCUGAGUCGACAAAUUGGAAAAAUGCGGAAGUUUCAGUCGCUAAACCUCCCUCAGUCGCAAGUUAUUCAAUGGCAAGUGACGAUAACGAAACAAUGGAAUAUAAUCGUUCUAAAGCGGAUCUUGUGAGCCAAACAUCAUCAUCAAUUAUUGAUUUAGAGGAAAUCACAGUAAAAGAUGAUGUUAAGAAAUUGCAAAUAAGUAAUUAUACAGUUAAUAAUGAGGAACCUUCUACUUCUAUCAAAGAUCCAAACAUAGAACAGCAAUCGACACAUGGCAAGAAAUCAAAUAAGACAACUAAAGAUCAGAAUGAUGCAAAAAGUCCUAUCUGUUCAGAUAACGAGCUCGUGAUUUAAUAAAGAGAACAUGUUAGAUAAUGUAUGUACAUAAAGAUAUUUUGCAAAAAAAUUGAAUAUUUUUGUCUCGAUUCAGAGAUAUGUCUGCACUAUUUACAAUCUUACAUUUCUCUCUAUCUAUCUAACAUUGACUUAAUUUACAUUUAUUAUUUAUAUGUUAUAUUCAACACUGAUUGUGAGAUAUAAUUUAACUAUGUAGAAUUACACGUUAAGCGCCACGCCAGUUUUACGUGCCGUUCCGUUCAGGCCACAGUUAGCCGUCAAGCGCCCUGAUAAAAAAAACCGAUAUAAAACGAUGGAAAGUUUAAGAAACCUGAUUCAAAACGAUAGAAUUCUACCGUUUUAAAUCAGGUUUCUUGAACUUUUUAUCAUUUUUAUCGGUAUUUUUUUUUAUCAGGGCGGACUUUUCCGGUCCGUAUGGACCAGCGAGGCCUGAACGAAAAGUCUAGCGCCGGUCCCUAGGAACCGGCGUGGCGCUUAACGUGUUAAACAUAUAUUACUAAUAUGUGUUUAUAUAAAAUAUUUUAAUAUAUGAGAUGAAAUGUUAACUGUAUAUUCUUGUAUUAAAAUAAAUAUGUGAUGUAUAAGAUUGUGAUAAUCUUACAAUAUCUAUUAAGUAUUGUAAGAAGAUAAAAAUAAAAAUGGUUAAGUAAAAAAGAGGUAAAAGUAAAAACUAUACGACUAGUAGACAUAUGAUAUUUACCUGGUUACUUUAGCAAGUGGAAAAUGUAUGCACAACUUCUGAUAAAAUUCGCAGAACUCUUUGUAUGAUCGGAAUAGAUAUGUCGGGUCCGGUUGGCCCUUUCGUUGUAUUCGUAAAAUAUACAUGUAAUAUUUCUCCGGA